CUUGUAUGUAAGAUAAAGCGGGCGUUUUAAAUGCAGAACAUAACUUGUGAACACAAUGUUUCAAACGAGUACAUGUCGUAGUUGCACAGCCAUUCACGUUGAGGGUCAAAUAUGUCGAGGAUGUUGCUGUAGUGUCAUCAAAAUGUCAAGUUUCUCUAGGUCUGCACAGCAAUGGGCGACCUUCGCUCGCUCAUGGUUCCUAAUUGAUGCCAGGAUGCAACCUCCUGGGAAGAUAGCAUCCAUGUGCUCUGUUAGACUACAAGGGAAGCACAAACCCAUUUACCACGCAAUCAGUGACUGUGGUGAUCACGUGGUGGUGAUAAACACCAAACACAUCGCCUUCUCUGGAAAUAAAUGGGAGCAGAAAGUCUACUCAUCCCACACGGGUUAUCCUGGGGGCUUCAAACAAGUCACUGCUGCUCAGCUCCACCAAAAAGACCCCAAAGCUAUAGUGAAGCUGGCCGUGUACGGCAUGCUGCCCAAGAACCUACACCGCCGCACCAUGAUGCAGCGACUACACCUCUUUCCUGAACACGAGCUGCCCGAAGACAUCCGCGCCAACCUGACGGAGGAGCUGCCUCAGCCCAGAGAAAUUCCCAGGAAGCUCAGCGAGUACACGCAGGAGGAGAAGGACGCCUUCCCCAGGCUGUGGACGCCACCCGAAGACUACAAGAUGGAGUGAUCGCAACACCGCAAAGUGGAAAGCACCGCCACACCCACAUGGACGCCUUUUCAAACGGAUUGGGAGAUUCGCUACUGGAUUUUUUCUCUUCCAGAAAUAGGAUUGACAUCAUCUAUAAAAGUGAACUAAUAGUGUGGCAUCCAUUGUAGUUUUUUUGUGUUCCAAUGUAAUAAACAUUUAAAUAGACA